GGCUAAUAGCUACAGACACGAAGAAGAUGAUGAAAGUGUUGUCCCUUUUUCUGUGUGCGGUUGCGUCGUUGCAGGGGGCAUCCUCCUUUGUCCCAAGCUCCCACCAUGUGCGAUGUCUCCAUGGUGGUGGCACUGUAGUAUCCGAAUUGAUGAUGAGUAAUGCCGCCAGCACGGAAGAGUGGAAAGCGAGAUCCGUGAACCAAAGAUCACCGGUUCCAUCACCGGUAGUGACGCCAGCGGGAGGUUUAGCAGUGCAACAAAAAAAUCCGCAAUCUCCUAAAAGCGAACGAACGGUGCUAGGAUUGCCCGCGGAUGAAUGGUGGGAUCGUCCUUUGGAUCGAGAACGUGAUCCUCCUCAUCCGUUCCAAGAAUGGGGUCAAUUCUGGAAAGACGGCACACUGCCAAAGCGAGUGAGAGGUGGAAGCUUUGUCUACGACGAAUACUACUCGGAUUUGUGAAGAAUAAGAAACUCGACAUGACACUUUCAUACAGUAUUAUAAACGUGAGGGAACGCCAGGACUUGCUAUUUUGUUGAGUCAAAAGGAACUGCACGGCAGUCUGUCUGUCAAGCAUGCAAAGAAUCAAUCCACUUUUAAAAUUACGUCUUAGCAAAAUGAAGUCAACAAUUGUGAAAAGCA